AUGCAUCGCACGCACAGAAUGCGUGUUUCUGUCAGUCUUCUUGCCGACAAUUAUGUUCCUCUUGAGUUAACUAAGUUGCUAUUUUGUGUUGGUUUGUCACUUGAGCCACAUUUGUGUGACCUUGUAAGAGAAGGGUUUUUGAGUGAUAAUAAAAUGAUUUACGACACAGUGCUGGCCAAAAGCUUUAGUCGUUAUGAGCAGAAAAGGUUGGGAUAUGGAGCAUUUGUGAGCUGCUUGUUCAUAGUUUUCAGUCUUUGCACUGUGUUUAAGCCUUACUUGGGUCCUGUGCAUGUGUUGAACCUGAAGCUCUUCAUAGGUGUUGACAGCAAAAUGCUGAUCACCAGCAGCUCUUCACAAAUAGCCGAAGUUGAAAGAAAAGAAAAAAAGAAAGAGGAAAUACUCUGCACUUCAGAAGAAAGAACAGAAUUUUGCCAAGCAAGGGGAGAUAUCAGAGUCCAUGGAAAAUCCUCCACUGUAUACAUUGCUUCAUCUAAGACAAAAAUGUUGGAAAAAAACAUGUCACGGAGUUUAAAGCCUUAUGCAAGGAGGGAUGAUGUAGAUGCAAUGAUUCUUGUAAGAGAAUGGUCGUUGAAGGCAGUGAAUGUUAACCAGAAAUUCCCCAAAUGCACCCAAAAUCACAGCAUUCCAGCUGUAUUGUUUUCUACUGGAGGGUAUACUGGUAACCACUUCCAUGAAUUCACUGACAUUGUUAUUCCGUUGUUUUUGACUGCUAGACAAUUCAAUGGAGAAGUACAGUUUAUCAUAACCAAUAAUCGUCCUUGGUGGAUUUCAAAGCACAAACCACUUCUUAAGAAGCUGUCCAACUACCAGAUUAUGGCAAUUGAUGAAGAUGAUGAAGUUCAUUGCUUCUCAAGGGUGAACGUGGGUCUCAAACGGAACCAUAAAGAGCUCAGCAUUGACCCUCAAAAGUACUCAUAUUCUAUGAAGGACUUCAGGGAUUUCUUGAGAAGUUCCUAUGCAUUGAAGAGAUUCAAAGCAACCAAAAUAAAAAUUGGCCAACAAGGGAAGCCAAAGCUCAUGAUUCUCUCAAGAAAAAGAUCAAGAUCCUUUACUAAUGCUGAUGAAAUAGAAAAAAUGGCCAAAAGUUUGGGUUUUGUUAUCAUUAUAAGGGAAGCAGGGGAGAGCAUGUGGGAUUUUGCUCAUGUGGUGAAUUCUUGUGAUGUGUUAUUGGGAGUUCAUGGUGCAGGUCUCACAAACAUACUUUUCCUUCCGGAAAAUGCAGUUUUCAUUCAAGUUGUGCCUUAUGGUGGAUAUGCAUUGGACUGGCUUGCCACAAAUGACUUUGGAAAACCCUCAAAGGGUAUGAACAUAAAGUACUUGGAAUACAAAAUAAGGUUGGAAGAAAGCACUCUUGUACAACAAUACCCGCCAGAUCACAUAUUUAUAAAGGAUCCCCCAUUGAUUGAGAAAAUAGGAUGGGAAAAAUACAAGUCUGUGUAUUUGGAAAAGCAAAAUAUAAAGCUUGAUGUUGAUAGGUUUCGGCCUACAUUGCAGACAGCCCUUGAGCUAUUGCAUCAAUAG